CAUCUACUCACUCUUGCCAUGAUGAGCGGUGGCCAACCUGUGUUUAAUCUAGCACUUGGUUGCAAUGCCUUGCAGUCUUCCUAGGAGGUCCUACAGAGGAAAUCCUGAUGCAGCCUUUUCCCCUGGCAACUGAUGUGGCCAGCAGUGGAUUGUGACUUCAGCGCAGAGUGAAAUGGGGUGGGUAGAUGGGAAGAUGAGCAGUAGGGAACGUGUCUUCAAAGCAGCGUACUUCAUUUCAAACAAAAUGCUUGAGGGAGUAUGUUUUGUUCAUUGCUUCAUUUUUUAUUUUAUUUUUAAUUGUUUAAAUUGGCAUCAGAAAUGCAUCAUCAUCUGGAAGACCGCAUUUCUUGAACAGAGAAGCUGGCGUUUUGUGGCUGGUGGACACAUUCUGUUCUAUGAUGGUGUUGCUCUGGAAUGGAGCCUUCAAAUUGGAAAUGCUCUGUUGGUAUCUUGGGGGCAGGAGAGAGCAGAAUAUCAUGAGUUUUCUAUGCCUCCCUCAAGUUUACCGCUCUUGGCAAACACAUUGAAUGGACUAAGUGGUUUCCCUCUGGCAUCAAGGCUUUGGUGGAAGUCGCGUUUUUUAAUGCCUUGGUGGCCCAGACCGUUGCUCCUUGAAGUGGGAAAGAAGAGCUUCAGAGACCUCCUUCCUCUACACGAGGCUGACCUAGAAGAGCAGUUUGUCCGUGGCUCUGGACCCGGAGGCCAAGCAACCAAUAAAACCAGUAACUGUGUGGUCCUGAAACAUCUUCCUUCAGGAAUUGUAGUCAAGUGCCAUCAGACAAGAUCAGUGGAGCAGAACCGUAAAAAAGCUAGAGAGAUCCUCCAGGAGAAAGUGGAUGUUUUCUACAAAGGUGAAACCAGUGACGUUGUUAAGGAGAAACAGGAAUUUCAGAAGAAAAAGCAAGAGAAGAAGAGGCGAGCAAAAGAAAACCUUGAAAGGAAAAGGCACUUGAAAGAAAUGCAAGCAUUAGAGGACAAAUAAACAGGAUUGGGCAGUUG